UUCAAUUACAAUUUUUAUAAAGAAAUGGCGGAAACGGAGGCGGAAACGGAAACCAAUAAUUUGAAACAACUUGGUUUCGCGGGUAAAACUAAUCUUUAAAAGGUACAUACAUCAUGGUACAUAAAUAAGAUUAUAACAUUGGUAAUAAAAAUAAUUUGAUAAAACUAUGUGUAUAGGUACAAUGAAAAGGACGCCAAGUACCGUCAGAAUAUUACUAUGUUUACUAAUAUAUUGUAUAAAUAAUGGUUUGGAAGGGAAACCUUAUAAAGCAAUUAGAAUGGUGGAUGAUCCUCAAUCAGCUGAUGAGGAAGCUAUAGCGCCGUUGAAAGGCUCGAAAAACCUGAUAGCGCCGUCGAAAGACUCGAAAAACCUGAUAGCGCCGCCGAAAGACUCGAAAAACCUGAUAGCGCCGUUAAUAGACUCGAAAGAGGCGAUAGCACCAUUGAAAGACUCGAAAAACCUGAUAGCGCCGUCAAUAGACUCGAAAGAGGCGAUAGCACCAUUGAAAGACUCGAAAAACCUGAUAUCACCCUCGAAAGACUCGAAAAACCUGAUAUCGCCCUCGAAAGACUCGAAAAACCUGAUAGCGCCGUCAAUAGACUCGAAAGAGGCGAUAGCGCCGUUUAAUGAGUCGUAUGAGUUAGUGCCGUCGGAUGACCCUAGAUAUUCUAGAGAGUCUGUAGAGCCAAGGGAUCCGGAAGAUGGGCGUCCGAUAUACUAUGCUGGUGAAGUGGGCCCCAUACUGUCGAGGUAUCAAAACAAACUAUUCAAGAAUUUUCCGAGAAAAAUGAGUAGUUUGUGGCCCCUUGGAAUAGUCUCCUACCAUAUAGAUAGCGAUGCGUUUCCAUCAGUUAAUUCUGUGAGUGGCAGUGUACGUGACACUAUGAGGUACAUUGAGAGCGUUACCUGUGUGCGGUUCAGGCCGGUAUCAGUGACCAGUCUCAUGCCAACAAUAUGGUUGAACAUCACCAACCCUGGACGAACGCGGGAGUGUUCACACGAGCCUAUGUUGACGGAAAACCUUGGAAUGAGUAUCGUGUUGGGGUUGGAUUGCUUGUCCCGGACCAAUAUCCUGCACACCCUGCUACACGGUAUCGGUAUGACGGACGAGGUCACUCACCCGCUAAGAGACCGGUACAUCAGCAUCCAGUGGCAUAAUAUACAGCAUAACUUUCGCCAUCUCUUCGUGGUUGCUCCUGACGACAAGAAUAUCAUGGUCGAAUACGACCCGAUGAGUGUCAUGCACUUUCAUGAUAGAGCGUUCACCCGGAAUGGUAAUCCCACGAUAGUGCCAAUGUUACCAGGUAUGCAUAUACAGCCGAGUAGUCAACUCUCUCAGUUGGAUAUUAAGAAACUGAAUUCGGCGUUCGAACAUGAAUGCAAUAGACGUAAAGCAGACGACCUCCUCCAAACAUGCAACUCUGUUAUACAAAAUAAGCAUACUCCAGAUAAAGGCGGUAAAGAAGCUCCAGACGGUAACGGAGAUGCAGAUGGUAACGGAGAUGCAGAUGGUAACGGAGAUGCAGAUGGUAACGGAGAUGCAGAAGGUAACGGAGACGCAGACGGUAACGGAGACGCAGACGGUAACGGAGACGCAGACGGUAACGGAGACGCAGACGGUAACGGAGACGCAGACGGUAACGAAGACGCAGACGGUAACGGAGACGCAGACGGUAACGGAGACGCAGACGGUAACGGAGACGCAGACGGUUACGGAAACGAAUACCGAGAACAAGACGAAGAAGGGUGAAUAUCAACAAGUGCUGAUUUUCUUCAAUUUUGGUGGCGAUCUUCAUAUUAUGUUUUCGUGAAAAAUUGGGUUCCGAUAUGAAAAAGGAUAGUUCUAGCUACGAGGAACUGCAAUAGUCCUAAGCAUAUCUUGAUUAUUUUUCGAAGUAUUACAGUUUCAAAUGAAGUUAAACCACCAAGAUUGAAAAUCGACCACCAAAAUUGGAAUCCGGCCACCAAAAUUUAAAGGAAAGUAAAUAAAUGACUUUUUACUUU